AUGCCCCAACAUUGUGUUAUUCAUCCAUUGGCAGCAGAAAUGCGUUCCGCCUUAGCAAUCUCCCUCAUUUUUCUAUUCACAGCCAAGACUAAUGGAUGGGCUUACUGGCCAUUUAACUCCUACUGGAAUCCGUACUUUCCCGGAUUCAAUAUGGCACCAGUUGGCCAUUUCCCAGUAAGUAAAUAA